AUGAAAAUAAUAUUUUUACUCUAUUAUUCAAUCGUUCAAAUAACGAUUAUUUAUGCAUCAAAUCAUUAUUUGGGUUGUUUUAUUGAUCAAAUUGGUAAUCGUGAUCUAAAUAUAUUUAUUAGUGAUUAUGAACUAUUAACUCCACAACAAUGUAUUCUUGCAUGUCAAGAACAAAAUUUUCCCUAUGCAGGUAUACAACAUGGUAAUGAAUGUCGUUGUGGUCGACAAUAUGGAAAAUAUGGUCGAGUAUCUGAUGAUGAAUGUAUUUACAAUUGUUUAACAUCAGAAAAAUGUGGUGGUCAUAAUCGAAAUAGUAUUUAUAGUGUAUUUAAUUCAAUAGAUACAUAUAGUUAUACUUGUCAAAAUAAUUUAAUUGGUUAUCAAGGAUGUUUUGAUAGUAUAACAUUGAAGAUAGGAAUGGGUAUUGUAUAUUCAAUUGAAGAAUGUAUUAAACGUUGUUCUAUAAAAUAUUCUUAUGCAGGGAUUAUGAAUGGUAAUUUAUGUCAUUGUGGAAAUGAUUUAAAUCAACCAUUAUCAAAUUCGAAUUUAUGUAAUAUUCAAUGUUAUAAAAGUUCAACUGAUAUGACUAUUGGUUGUUGUGGUGGUCUUCAUGUGCUUAGUGUUUAUAAUAUAAAAAAUUAUCAAUCUUCAUCAAGAAAAGAUCUAUCUAAGACAAUGAUUCGAGUUAAAAGGGCUGAUGACGUAACUACUCAAAUAACAGUUACUACACAAUCAUCAGUCACAAAUGCUAGUAAUUUAUCUAUAGCAAUAAGUCAAACAGUUAAUUCAACAUUGAGUACAACAACUAUUUCUAUUUUACCAAGAGCAACAAUAGAUGCAUCAUUUUUAAUGUCUACAAUUAUUAUUGCUCCAUUAAAUCAAAAUUUCACUCCAACUGAUAAUAAUACUCGACAAUCGAUUCGUCAAGGAUUAAUACGAACGAUAAAUUUUGCUUUUAAUUGUCUAACUAAUUCAACUUAUCCAAAUUGUACACAACCUAGACAACGUAUUAAACGUCAAAUAUGUUCAAGUGGUUAUGAUGUUAAUUUACUUCCAGAUAUAACUGAAAUUUCUAAUAGUACUCCAAGAAAAUAUAAAGUAGAUUACUCUGUCAGUGAUUUAUGUAAUUCAGGUGCCUUAUUAUCAGCUAUUCAAGUUAAGACAGCUACGGAUCGAUUAUUGCCUCAACAAAUCAUAGAUACACUUGGUUAUAAUUAUGAUGGUGAAUUAAUAAGAAGUACAACUAAUGAUAGUGGACAAACUUCACCAACCGAUCGUAAAUUAUGGCUUAUUGGUGCUAUUCUUGGACCGAUUGGUUUUGUUUUAUUAUUAAUCUUCGUAUUUUGUUAUCUUCAUUAUAAAUGUCGACCACGACCAAAGAAUCGAGCUUUAACUAAACCUGUUAAUAAUGCACCACCAGCAUCAGCUCGAUCAACGAAUUAUAAAACUAUGUCAAAUGAAUCAAUAACGGAAAAACCAACAUCUGAAAAGACUAUUCAUGCAUUAAUUCAAAAUGAUCCAUUAGUUGGUACUGGUACAUCAUCUCGACGAUUAACGCCUAGUGAAUCUGAAAAAAGUUCAACUCAUACACCUCGUCAUUCAGUUUCAGCUGAUAUACCAUUGGAUGAAAUACGUCGUCAAAAUGAUGUUGAACGUUGGAGAAAUAAACUCCGUUUACAAGAAAAAUUUCAACAAUCUCCUAUUAAAUUUCAAGAUUCAUCUGUACCAAAUACUAAUCGUUCAAGUUUAAGUCAAUAUGAUAAUCAAGCUUUUGAACAUGAUAUUCCAAAAAUUAAUAUUCAACCAGCAGAUAAUAUUGUUUCUACUCAUUCACCUCGUCAUAUGCCACAAACAACUGAAAGUGAAGUUGGACGAACAAAAUUACAUCGUUUAUUAGAUGAAGUUCUUGAUAAAGCUGACAGUGAAAAAUCUUAUAAUCCAGAUUCUGAAAGUGAACGUCAAAAGCGUCGUCGUCAGCGACGUCGUAUUAAUUCCGUAUCUGAUGAUCAUAAAAUUUUACCUUUAUAUGAUAAAAAUCAACAAAUUUCUCAUAUACCUGUUAUACCUCAAGUAUCUCAACGUCCUGAUCCAUCAAUUAUUCGUCUUUAUUAUGAUCCUUAUGAAGCAGGUGAUCGUGCACAUGAUAUAGCACGUUUUACACCUGUUGAAUUAAUACCAAAAUAUAGCAUAGAUGAUCAACAAAAUAAUCAAUAUUCAUCACGUUCAAAUCCUCCAUUAUUUUUUGAUGAUUCUGUAAUAGCUGAUCGUGCAGCAACAGCAACAGAUGCAUAUGCAACACCAAAACGUUUAGCUAAAACUCGUAUUGAAACUGAUCGUGAAGCAAUGAUGCGUCAUGAUAAUGGUCGAAUAGAUCAACGACAACAUAAAUUUAAGGAUGAUCCUGCUUAUAUUGAUAAAAUAUCAAAAGAUCGAGAUGGAUAUCGAACACAAGCACGUAAUGUUUGGAUGGAAUCUGAAAUAAAUAAUGAUCCAUUGAGAAGAAAUGAUUAUCGAGAUGAAUAUUUAACAGCAAAACAAAGUGUCUUAAAUACAAAAAAUAUUAUUUCAUCAAUACAUAAUGAAUUACAACAUAUAACUUCUAGAUCAUCAGGAGAUUAUCAUGCAUAA